AUGAGUUCCAUGCUUCAGCUCUUCACUCUCCACUCCCAUUUCCCUAGCCAUGGAAGCUCUGCACGUUGAUUCUCAACCCCACCUUGUUAUCGUCCCAAGUCCCGGCGUUGGCCAUCUAAUUCCCCUCGUCGAGUUCGCCAAACGCCUCGUCUCCCUCCACAAUUUCUCCGUCACCAUCGCCAUUCCCUCCAACAUCCCUCCGACCAAACCCCAAAGAGCUGUCUUAACCGACCUCCCUUCCACUAUCCAACCCCUCUUCCUCCCUCCCAUCUCCUUCAACGAUCUCCCCGAAAACCCCAAAAUCGAAACCAUCAUCAUCCUCUCUGUAACUCGCUCUGUUCCAUUCCUUCGCGACCUCUUCAAAUCCCUCAUCGGAAAAACCCAUCUUGCUGGCCUUAUCGUCGACCAUUUCAGUACUGACGCCUUCGAUGUCGCCAUCGAAUUCGACGUCCCUUGCUACCUUUUCUUCCCUCCUUCUGCCAUGAACCUUUCCUUCGCAUUACAAAUGCCAAGCCUCGACCAAAUCAUCGCCGGCGAGUACAGGGACCAUCCCGAGCUGAUUCAGAUUCCGGGGUGCAUUCCAAUUCAUGGGAAAGAGCUUCAGGAACCGACUCAAGAUAGGAGUGACGAUGCCUACAAGCUAUUGCUCCAUAACUGUAAGAGGUAUAGAAUGGCGGAUACCAUUUUUCUCAACAGCUACCCUGAAUUGGAGCCUGAAGCUAUAAAAGCUCUGCUAGAGGAGAAACCAGGGAAGCCCCCUGUUUAUCCAAUUGGUCCGCUGGUGAGGAAAGAUUGCAGUGAAAAUGAAGAGAGAGCGGAUUGUUUGAAAUGGCUUGAUGAACAGCCAAAGGAGUCUGUUCUGUUUGUGUCGUUUGGGAGUCGGGGGGCUCUUUGGCGUGAUCAAAUCAACGAAUUGGCGUUGGGAUUGGAAAUGAGUGGGCAGAGAUGUUAG